AUGGCUGAUCCAAGCAGAUAUGAUUUCCCAGCAAUCCAGACGACUUUUCCAGCUCCUUUUGUCGCGCAUGUAGAAAUCAACAGGCCGAAGAACUACAACUCAUUCAGCCCGGACGUAUUUUCCAGCCUUGCUCGUGUCUUUGAUCGUCUCUCAGAGGACGAGAAUGUACGAUGCAUACUAUUGUCGGGCGUUGGCAAGCACUUUUCUGCAGGUCUAGAUGUCAAAUCUGCUUCAACCUCGGGGCCAGUAUCACAAACUACGGAAGGUGAAGACAUUGCUCGAAGAACAUGGAAAAUCCGACGGCACAUGUACGGUUAUCAAGACGGUAUUAAUGCUGUCGAGAGAUGCGAGAAGCCCGUGAUUGUUUGCUGUCACGGAGUUGCUUACGGAGCUGCCAUCGAUCUCGCUCUUGCAGCUGACAUCAGAUAUUGCUCCAAAGACGUGAGAUUUUCGAUCAAAGAAGUUGACGUGGGCCUCGCUGCGGACGUUGGAACACUCACUCGCUUACCAAAGAUCGGAAUCUCAUACUCAUGGGCGAAAGAAAUAGUGUACACAGCGAGAGAUUUCACCGCGGAAGAGGCUGAGCGCGUUGGAUUUGUCUCCAAGGUCUUCGAGACCAAAGAUGAUUUAAUCAAGACUGGUUUCGAACUUGCAAACUUCAUUGCGACGAAAAGCCCUGUAGCGGUUCAAAGCUCAAAGGCACUGUUCGACUUCUCAAGAGACCGAACAGUGCAAGACGGCCUGUUGUAUACGGCCGCCUGGAAUUCACCGAUGGUGCAGUCUGACGACGUCAAGAAAGCUAUGAUGAGUGGCGUACGCAAGACGAAGUCGACAUUCGAGAAGCUCUAG